UGCGCACCUGCCGGGCUUCUGUCUAGCGGGCAUGGCGGGCUUGAGCCCCGAGCUCAUCGACUACCUGGAAGAAAAGAUACCGUUUGAGGAGUUCGAGCGGCGCAGGGAAGAGCGGGAGAAGUGCAGCCGAAGCACAAACUAAACUUCCCAGCAGGCAGCGCGCCGGCCUGGGACCGGGGGCAAGAUGGCGGACGCCGAGGAGGAGGUUGCGCAGCCGGCUGCCCCUCCCGCAGCCCCAGUUUCAUUCAGCUGCACUCGCACCUCAGUCCAGAGGCGGCUGGCGGCCCCGGGGGACGGCACGGGGUCAGCCCAGGAGGAAGAGGAUUUCUUGAAGAUCCUGGAAGGAAGGGAGCUGCAGAGUGUGAAGCCUGUAGGCCCUAAGGAGCUGGCCAUCCCGGUGAUCCAGAAUGGCUGUGGAAGGCGGCCCUGGGCCCAGGCGUGUGCGCCAUCCGCCGAGGCUUUGGAGGAUGGGGCCUUGUCCCAGGCUGUGAAGGAGCUCGUUGAGGACACCAAGAAGUCUCUGGAGGGGAGAGAGAACUCGGGUGUUGACUCCACGCUUGCUAUCCCCGUGACCCGGAAAGGAUACACUCCCAGUGAGGAAGGGGCAGGCAGCACACCGCAGCAUGAGACGGUGCCAGAGGAGGCCGAUUAUGAGGCUGUCCCUGUGGAGGCUUAGGGCUUGGCCGUGUUGCGGGGCAUGGGCUGGAAGCCUGGCGAGGGCAUUGGCCGCACUUUGAAUCCAGUGGUGAAGCCCCGUGUGAACUUGCUGAGGCCCAAGGGACUAGGGCUGGGUGCCAACCUAACUGAGGCCCAGGCCUUAGCCUCCAGUGGCCCCUACUGCCCCCCAAGGCCAGGUGGAGAGCAAGGGAAGGGUAAGGAAGACCAGCCACAAGGGCUGGUGCCUGGAGGAGCUGUGGUGGUCCUUUCUGGCCCUCAUCAACGUCUCUACGGGAAGGUGGAAGGUCUUGAUCCUGACAGUGUGCGGGCCAUGGUUCGUCUAGCAGUGGGCAGUCGCAUGGCGACUGUUAGCGAAUACUGUCUGCAACCCGUGUCCCAGCAGGAGAUUGGCAAGAAUUCCUUGUGUUCUAGCCAGAUAAGCAGAACUUCCUCAGGGCAGCACAAUGGAGCAUCCCUGUCACAGAAGGCCCUCCAGAGUGAAGACCUCCAAGGUCAGUGGGAGAACUCUCCCAACAGACUGGAGGGGCCUGUGGCCAAGAGUGAAAAAGCAGCCAGCAGGAGUCGGCACUGGCUGCACCAGGACUUGUGUGUGCGCGUUGUGGACAAGCUCUACAAGGGUGGCCAGUAUUACAACACGAAGAUGACGAUUGAAGACGUCCUGAGCCCAGAUAUAUGUGUGUGCCGGACAGAUGAAGGCCGUGUCCUGGAAGGCCUAAAGGAAGACAUGCUGGAGACCCUGGUUCCCAAGGUCAAGGGCAAUCGUGUGAUGGUGGUUCUGGGGACAUUGGCUGGAAGAGUAGGCCAUCUGCUGGGCCGGGACAGAGCCCAGAGCCGGGCUUUGGUGCAUCUGCGGAGAGAAAAUCAGUUGGUGGAACUUCACUAUGAUGCUGUCUGCCAGUACGUGGGCCCUAGUGAUUCAGAUGAAGAUUGACUGUGGGGCACUGCUGUCC